CGGGACUCCGCGAAGGGAAAGAGCGCCGCGGAGGUCUGAGGUGGGGGGCCGGACCCGGAAGUGGGUGGGCGCGAGCGCGCGGCGGCGGAGCUCGACGUCCUGGAGCCGGCGGGGGAGCCCUGGGUUCUGGAUCAUGAACCGGCGGGGCACGCCCCUCCAGAAGCUGAUGCUGACAAUCUAGUUUUCUUUGCGACAUCUCUUAAGUCACUUAUGAAGUUUCUUGUUGAGAAAUUGCAGUACUGCAAUGAAGAAAAGGAGAAGGGUUCCUUCAGAUCUAGACGAGAAGAUCCAUCUAGGCUAUCGUAAAGAUUCUUCGGAAGAAAAUGUUGUAGUGGAGUGUGGCCAAGUGACCUGUACUCGUUCUACAGAAAGACCCACCCCUGAAGCGCGUCCCUGCUGUCAGGAGCUUCCUCCUUCUCCUGAUCAGAGAAAGCUUUUGAGUUCUUUGCAGUAUAAUAAGAAUUUGCUGAAGUAUUUGAACGAUGACAGGCAGAAGCAGCCAUCUUUCUGUGAUUUACUUAUCAUAGUAGAAGGAAAGGAAUUUAGUGCACAUAAAGUAGUAGUUGCUGUGGGCAGUAGCUAUUUUCAUGCGUGUUUGAGCAAAAAUCCAAGCACGGAUGUCGUCACCCUGGAUCACGUAACCCAUUCGGUUUUUCAGCAUUUGCUUGAGUUUCUUUACACAUCAGAGUUUUUUGUGUACAAAUAUGAAAUACCUCUUGUUUUAGAGGCUGCAAAAUUUUUGGAUAUUAUCGAUGCAGUCAAACUGCUAAAUAAUGAAAAUGUUGCUACUUUUCAGUCUGAGCUAACGGAUAAAUGCUCACCAGAAGAAACACUAAAUGAAUUAACUGGAAGACUAUCAAAUAAUCAUCAGUGCAAAUUUUGUAGUAGACAUUUCUGUUAUAAAAAGUCCUUAGAGAAUCAUUUGGCGAAAACUCAUAGGUCUCUUUUAUUGGGGAAAAAACAUGGGUUAAAGAUGCUGGAGAGAAGUUUUUCUGCCAGAAGAUCGAAAAGGACUCGCAAGUGUCCUGUAAAGUUUGAUGACACUAGUGAUGAUGAACAAGAAAGUGGUGAUGGGUCGGACAAUUUGAAUCAAGACGUUUUUGAUAAGGAGAAGUCAGAUAGAAAUGAUUCUGAGGACCCUGGGAGUGAAUAUAAUGUCGAAGAAGAUGAGCUGGAGGAGGAGAUGUCAGAGGAGUCCUCUGACACCGAUCCAAGUGAAAAAGAUGAUCCAGAAGAGGAAGCCGAGGCUGCAGAUUCCGCAGGAAGUGGUCAGGAGGGACUGCGUCCAGUUGUCAUUCAGAACAGGAACAAAAAGAUACUUCAGUGUCCCAAGUGUGAGAAAACAUUUGACCGGAUAGGAAAAUAUGAGAGCCACACCCGUGUGCACACAGGUGAGAAGCCUUUUGAGUGUGAUAUUUGUCACCAGCGUUAUUCGACAAAGUCUAACUUAACUGUUCACAGAAAGAAGCACAGCAGUGAGACCGAAUUUCAUAAGAAGGAGCACAAGUGCCCUUACUGUAAUAAACUUCAUGCAAGCAAGAAGACUUUAGCCAAGCAUGUUAAGAGAUUUCAUCCUGAAAAUGCACAAGAAUUUAUUUCCAUCAAGAAGACUAAGAGUGAGAGUUGGAAAUGUGAUAUUUGUAAGAAGUCUUUUACUCGAAGACCACACUUGGAAGAACACAUGAUUCUGCAUUCACAAGAUAAACCUUUUAAGUGUACCUAUUGUGAAGAACAUUUCAAAUCCAGAUUUGCACGGUUAAAGCAUCAGGAAAAGUUCCAUCUGGGUCCUUUUCCAUGUGAUAUAUGUGGUCGCCAAUUCAAUGACACUGGAAAUUUGAAACGCCAUAUAGAAUGUACUCAUGGUGGAAAGAGAAAAUGGACUUGCUUUAUUUGUGGGAAAUCAGUAAGAGAAAGAACUACUUUGAAAGAACAUUUGAGAAUCCAUAGUGGAGAAAAGCCUCAUCUUUGUAGUAUCUGUGGGCAAAGUUUUCGCCAUGGGAGCUCAUACAGACUUCACCUACGAGUGCAUCAUGAUGAUAAAAGAUACGAGUGUGAUGAAUGUGGAAAAACAUUUAUUCGCCAUGACCAUCUUACAAAGCACAAAAAAAUACAUUCAGGUGAAAAGGCACAUCAGUGUGAAGAAUGUGGGAAAUGUUUUGGUCGUAGGGAUCAUCUCACUGUUCAUUACAAAAGUGUACAUCUUGGAGAGAAAGUUUGGCAAAAAUAUAAAGCAACAUUUCAUCAAUGUGAUGUUUGUAAGAAAAUUUUUAAAGGGAAAUCAAGCCUGGAAAUGCAUUUUCGGACGCAUUCAGGUGAAAAACCAUACAAGUGUCAAAUUUGCAAUCAGUCUUUUAGAAUUAAGAAAACUUUAACAAAACACCUGGUUAUUCACUCUGAUGCUCGGCCUUUCAACUGUCAGCACUGUAAUGCAACAUUUAAGCGGAAAGACAAGCUGAAAUACCACAUUGACCAUGUUCAUGGGAUAAAAUCUCCUGACGACUCUCUCAGUACUUCUGAGGAAAAACUUGUGUCUUUGCCAGUAGAGUACUCAUCUGAUGAUAAAAUCUUUCAAGCAGAAACAAAACAAUAUCUGGAUCAGCCCAAAGUUUAUCCUUCAGAAGCCAAAACUGUGUUACAGAAUGUGUCUGCCGAAGUAUGUGUUCCAGUAACAUUGGUUCCAGUUCAGAUGCCAGACACGCCCAAUGAGCUGGUGCAUCAUACUACCACACUUCCACCAUCUUCCCAUGAGAUCCUGCCACCACAGCCACAAUCCACUGAUUAUCCACGGGCAGCGGAUUUAGCUUUUCUGGAAAAAUACACUCUUACUCCUCAGCCUGCAAAUAUAGUUCACCCUGUUCGACCUGAACAAAUGCUAGAUCCUAGAGAACAGUCUUAUCUUGGAACAUUACUAGGCCUUGAUAACACUACUGCUGUUCAAAAUAUGUCCACUAGCGAGCAUCAUUCAUGAGUGAACAUUCCAUAGGCCUUUUGAUGGUUAUGUGCUAAUGAUAGCCAAAAGCUACUGGUUUCCAAAUUAGUGGAGCUUCAGGUUUUCAUUUUCUCUAUCUCAAGUUCUCAGAAAAGCUUCAAAUCAAGAAAGUAUAUGUUUCUAUUGACUGAAUAUCUGGACACAUUUUGACAUAAUAUUUGAAGUAUAAUUUUUGUGAAUUUUUUUUAAAGACCCAAAUGCUAAUUUUUGAUGGGUUUUCAAACUUUUCAAGAUUGUUAGCUGCUGACAUGAAGCAUGGUGGUAUUUUUAAAAUCACCAGUGGAAUUUAUUUUUUCUUUUUUUUAGACAGGAUUUCAGUCUGUAGCCCAGAGUGGCCCCAAAUUUGUGGCAGUUCUCCUGCCUUAGCUAACCAAGUUCUGGGAUUUCAGGCAUGAGCCCCCAAGCCCAGUCUUUCUUCCUUAGUGGCCUCUUUUCUCCUUUUCUCACUUUGAAAUUGAGUUUAGGAAUCACAUAGCCUAUAAGAAAGAAUGUAAGAGCAUGUUAAUAAUUGCAGCUGUUUCUUACAUUAAUUUAAACUUCAUUAUUUUAUCCAGAUUUUACAAACAUAUUAAUGUAAGAAAGUUUUGGAUAAUUCUAUAUUAUUAUUUAUCCAUUAUUUUUGUCGUUAUACUUUGGGCUUUUGACAAUGAAUAUGAGUUUAACAUGUUAAAUGAAAUGAAGGAUUGUUAUUUUAAUCUAGGUCAUUGGGUCUUAUCUCUACUCAAUGAUGAAUAACAAAUGCAAACAUAGAUCUACACAUGAAAUUACCAAGUUGAUUAUAUCUUAAAAGAAAAAUAUGACAAUUUUAACUAGAUAUCUUCAAGAUAUGUGCACCAUUUUAUUUCAUAUUUUACUUCACAUUAUGCUACAGCAUCUACAUAUCUGUAAAGAGGGGACAGUUAAAACUAAGCUAACGACACUUAAACGGUAUACUUUGAGUUUCAUCUGACUGACUGAAACUGGGAAACAGAAUGUAGAUAUUUCAUGUAUAAUCAUUAGAAAAAAUUCCAAAUGCAUUCUCAAAUUUGUACCUAGUUUAUUUUUCACUUGAAUGGAACUACUAUGUGUAUACAGAUUUACAUUCAAUCUAGGGUUUUUUUGUUUGUUUGUUUGUUUUUUUAAUACUUUUGAGACAGGGUUUCCCUAUAGCCCCAGCUGGCCUGGAACUCACUUUGUAGACCAGGCUACCUCCUGAGUGCUGGGAUUAAAGGCAUGUGAUACCAUGCCUGGCUUCAAUCGAUCUUUACUUUUACUUUUAUAUGAGCCUCAUGUCUAAUUAUCUUUGAUUCUUAUUUUUGAAUGAGACACUAGUUAAGGGCUUUGUGAAAGAAAAUAUCAAUUACAAGAAAACCUCAGUGAUUAAAUUAAUUGAAGAGAAAGUCUGCCAAAAUUAUAAAAUACCUUUAAAGAUGUGCACUUUGCAUUUUUUUUAACUUAAUUGAAACUUAACCUAGAAUGAGGUUUUCCUAGUGGGGUUGCUUGAGGGAUAGACUAGGCAGGGCUGAUUUAUUAUCAGCAUGCAGUUGUAUGUAAACUACUGGAAAGAUAGCAAUUUAAAUUUUUUUCUAUUUUGAUUUUGUUUACACUCCUAAUUGCUUUAAGCACUUUUUUGUGUGUAAACUAUAAAGUCUGGCCUGGCCCUUGUGGGGGAAAAAUAUCACAAAAAAAGAAUGAACUUUUAGUGAAUGAAAUUUAAUCAUUAAGGAGGAAACUAUUUGAAGCACUUAAAAAAUAAAGGUACUUUAUAGGAACAUUUGCCAUAUUAGUUAUCAAAGAACAUGUUGAGAAUUGAGGCAGUUAACCAAAGUAGUGAUAUCAAUAAUAAAGCCAACCUGAGUUUUGCCUCACUUAUCAAAGUUUGGAUGUAAUUAUCUUAGGACCAGUAGACAUAAUUUUCUACUAUUUCUUAUUUUAGAAGAAUUCUUACUUGCUUGGUGUGGAAAUGUUAUAUUGGGGUACUUAAUGAUUAAGCCUUGACUGUAUGAGGUACUAUCACAUCUGUUAAAAAUAUAUCUUUAUGAUUUUUAUCAUAAAGGCAGAUAAGACUUUAACUAAAUAUCAUACUGAAAUGAAAACAAAUCACACCUAAAAAUAUACUCUGCCAUAGAAAUAAUGUAGAAAACUUGGACUUAAAGAAGGCAAAUGGUAUAUGUGGUAUGUAUGUGGUAUAUUUGGUGGCAGAAAAAGGAUACUCCAUUUUCACAUUGAAAAGAAUACUUUGCUUUUUUGAAGGUGUCUAAGGUUCUUUCAGUAACGAUGCUCUUAACACUUUAUAUGAUUUAAUUUUAGAAGUUGAUUUAUAUAGAAUUUUUCAAGCAUAUAGCUCUUAUGUAAAGUGAAAUACAAUUGUAUUUAGUUAUUAUUAUAGAUAGACCUGAAUAGUGGUUUACUGGUUUCUAAAAUAUUUCCACACUGUCUGAUUGGAACCUCAUAACCUGUUCUGAAAUAGAUGGGGCAUGAUACAUUUCUGCUGUACAAAGAAAGUGUCUGAGGCUAAAGUGAAGGGACUCCGUUAAGCUCAUGUAGCAGAACUGUUGCAGGGAAGAAGGACCAAUGUAGCAUUAAUGAAUGCUACUGUGUGCUAGGCACCAUGUUCUCUCAAGCCCAGCAUAGUCUGCAAGGUAGGCACUAUAAUACUUACGAAGAAAUGGGUAAACAGAAGUAUAGUAACAUGAAAAUCAACCUGCCCCCUCUAGUUUUCAAAACUAUCAGAACAUGAAUUUAGGUAAACUGAAUGUAUAUUAACUUUUGAAGCUGCCACAAAAAUCAUAAAAUGAGGCCUACUCAUUUUAGUUGACCUUUCUGUAACUCUAAAAUCAUUUAUUUUGUAACUUUGUUUAAAAAUUUGAAUCUCAUGACUAAGGCUAGUCUCAUUGUGAAUAUUUUAUUUUGUGAGUAUAAUUUAUUGUUUUAAAUUAAUUUUUCAUAGCAGUUCUCACUUAAUCUGUAAAUUGACUAAGUUAUUGAGUGCAGAAAUUUAUUAACUUACUUGGUUCUGACUUAAAUGCACCAAAGAUUUUUAAUAGGUAUUGAAUAGCUAAAAAGAAUUUAAAUUCUUUGUAGUUUAAAGAUAUAUUUGUCCAAAGAAGCACAGUUGAAGUCCUGGGAUGAUGGAUUUUUAAAAAUUGUUAGUCUGAAUACUGAGAUUAAGUAUUAAAUGUUUGUGUUUAUGUGUAUUAAAGUAAGAGCAGAGGAAAAUACUCUGGGAACAGUCAUACUGACCAACCACAAGUUAGGUACUCACUUUUCCUCACUUUAAUUGAAUGUUGGUUUUUAGUGAACACUAUUAAUUGUUGAAUAAUAAGCUUAUAUUUUACACUACAUUAUACAGAUAAUUUCUGCCUUAGAUUUUUUUACAUCAAGUCGAGGUUAUUUUUAUAAGAAACUCUACCUUGUUCUGGCAGCCUAAAUACCAUUUAGGGUUAGGGUUUGUUCCUCAUGCCAGCAAGAUAUCCUAACCUACUACAAAAGUAGUAAACUUUUCUUGCUUUUAAUUUAGACAUUUAUUGCUGGGAAAAGAGGAAUAAAAAGAGCAUAUUUAAAUUGGUGCUUUUAAUAAGUGACUGCCUUUUUAAGUGAUGGCAGCAUAAAAAAAGUAUACUAAUUUCUCUCAACCUUAAAAUGUGUCAAAACAUCUUUAUAAAGUGUUAAGGGCUAAUAUCAUUCAUCGUUUUUAACUCAGUAAUCAUGGGCUAAUUAAACAUAAUUAAACUGGUGUGUUUAUGAGCUUGAAUUUUCUUCUACCAUAUUGCUCUAGUCUAUUAUUGACAUGAGGUUAGGUUUGAGCAUUAGUUUUUGAGAGAGUCCUUUCAUACCAUCUUUUCUGGGUUGAAUACUUAAUAUGUUUUCAGUUUUGUAGCUGCUUAGAGUUUAUUCCCCUGCCUAGAUUGUACUGGUCAAUAAAUUACUUGUUUUAUUUUAUGGUUCCUAGUCUUAUGUUUCUGUUGCCUGCUGGCUGGGCAACAAUUCUUUUAGGUUGCUUUAUGGUAACUUAGAAAAAUUGGCAUUAGUAGGUGUGAACAUUUGUUUUUAUGAUUUGUGUAUCAGCUUUUUAAGUCUCUACUGUGGCCUUUAUUAACUACAAGUCACUCUUGGGCCUGUCUGGAAAUGCUUAUUAGAAGAACCUGACACUUGUUUGUGUCCCACUUGUUUCUCUCCAUCUCUGUUCCCUCUCCUUUAAAUAAUCUGUUGCCAUACGUACCCAGCUCUGCCUUGAAGACUUCUUAGUUGAGUUGGUCUAAAACUGAAUAUGAGGUAAGGGUUCGCAAAGAGCUGCUCAUUGGGAGCAGCAACAUCCCAGUCCAUACAGAGCUUGAGUUCAUGACUCAGGAAUAAUGUGACUUUUAGGCAAAGUCAUGUUUGGAUAUUCUAAGAUUUGGUGCCAAAUUUAAAAUGACUGAAAAUGCAUUCCUUAAUAAGUAGCAUUUCUAAGUCUUUAAUUAUGUUAAAUGUUACUCGCUGUUAACAUGAAUAAUGAAUGAGAAUAAUUUUCUAAACAUAUAUCGGAACUAGACAGUUUUAUAUAUCCUACCCAUUUCUUUCACACAUUCACCUUAGUAUAGCCUGUGUGGGUUCUUUUUUUUUUUUUUUUUUUUUUUGGUGGCGGGGGUGGGGGGAUGUCCUCUUUUGUUUCCUAUGAAAUUUUUACUUAAGAUACUUUUCCUUAUAAUGUUAGCAUGCUUUUUGAACUUUCUCUUUGGAGGUAGCAUCAGUAUGAUAGAAGCAAUAGGAUUAGGUACCUGGGAAGGGGAGAGGAGGAACAGCGUGUUUAUCUUUUUACUUCCUGUAUAUUGCUCUUAGGUCUCUGACCUUUGAAAGAUCCCAAAACCAUUUAGUCUCUGCAGGCACUUAUUUAGAGAGAAUAAGAAUUUUAUUUAGAGAAUAGAUGUUACUCAAAGAUGAAAACCUCCUUUUUAAAAGAAAAUUCAAACUCUUAGGUAAAGAAAAGUAAUUUCAGUGCUUGCAUUACUGAUGCAGGUUCUAACCCAUUCUUGAAUGAAGAGCAUGUACACAUCUCUGUUACUGUGCCUCUUUGUUUGAUAUUCCUGCUUGCGUAAGUUGGAUAAUGGACUGCGAUGUAAUUAUAAAGUUUUUAUUCCUUCUAACAAUCACUUUUAUCCCUAUAAGUAAAACUGUAUUACAGUUGAUGAGUGUGACUGCCAAAAAGUUAUACAAGCUGGGUAUUUAGCUG